GUUACUAGAGACUCACAAACAGUGCUUGUGGCGUGGUCCAACAGUUGCAAUCAUGGCGAAACGAGACGCAAGAUUCAGCACCGAUGUGCUCAUUGACACCACGCCCAUGCCUGACCACAUCCCAAAAGUCGAGGAGAUCGGAGCCAGUUCAGCACCGUUACUGAGCGCAUCUUUCUUCAUUGGGGCAAGAUGUCGACCUUACAAUGAUGACUAUAUGCAGUGCAAAACCGAGGCGUACGGUCGAGGAGAGUUGGAUUGCAUGCGGGAAGGGAGGAAGGUUACGAGAUGUGCAGCGAGCGUAUUGGCCGAUAUCAACAAGAGCUGUCUGGAGGAGUUUCGAGCACACUGGAGUUGUCUGGAGAACAAUAACCACCAACUAUGGCAAUGUCGACGGCCAGAGCGUGUGCUCAACAGAUGCGUCUUCCAGAAAAUCGGUUUGGAGAAGACUAUCCCCGAUACACCAAAAGGUCAGACGCCAAUUCAUCUCCGGGACAAGCAGCUUUUUGCAGAUUAUCCACAAGUUGUCAUGCCGUGGGAGAAGGAUGUCGGUGUUAGAAAGAAGGACGCAACCCAACCGCAAUGAACGCGAUGGCUCCAUGAUUGCGCUGCAUCAGAGAUUCCCACUCUCAAUCAUGGUGCUGAAUGACCUGGUUGAGAUUUCGAGCAUGGCUGAAAGAUAGAGCAGCAUACCAACCUGGAAGGGAGAAAGGCGUCGCCAGACGGGAAAUCUUUGUACAUAUGUAACAAUUGGCCAUGACGGCCAUGCAAGGCUUCGUGAAAAGCCUCUUGCCGAUUCUACCCGCUCGGUCCUUACUAGGUGGUUACUAACAAGUCGUUGGACUGUCGGACAAAACGCCUACCAAGGCAUUCGUCAUCGACACCGAGUUCUUCAUUUGAGUCAGUUACUCAAGUCCCCCUAU